GCGAAAAUUUAUUCUAUCUCAGUCGCGGUCAUAACAAGUGUUAUGUCAUAGUGUUCGCGCGUUUAUUCUGUGUUUCAUAUACAUAUAUAUUAAGGAAAAUGAACAUCGUAAGCGCUCAACUGGGGAAUAGUUUGUAUAAUUGCGUGCGGUCUAAUCUAAUAUGGCCCUUGUGGACUCGAUCACAUUUUACCUACUAUCCUACAUCUUUGGGAACUGGAAAACGAAUGAAUAUGUUUAACGCCAUAAAUAAUGCAAUGGAUUUGGCUCUAGACGAAGACAAAUCCGCAUUGUUGUUUGGCGAGGAUGUGGGAUUCGGUGGAGUUUUUCGGUGUUCAGUUAAUCUACGGGAUAAGUACGGAAGUCAGCGUGUUUUUAAUACUCCCCUAUGUGAGCAAGGAAUCGCAGGGUACGUCAUUUCGAACCGGAAAUUAUAUGAAAUGUGUACAAAUAUUAAUAAUCAGGCAGAAAUUGCUGUUUGCAUUCAACACUUUGCAAUAGGUGUGGCUAAUACUGGAGCAACCGCGAUAGCUGAAAUUCAGUUUGCGGACUACAUAUUUCCUAGUUUUGACCAAAUAGUAAAUGAAGCUGCCAAAUAUCGUUACCGAAGCGGAGGGCUAUUUGAUUGUGGAUCCUUAACUUUCAGAGUACCUUGCGGUGCUGUUGGACACGGAGCACUCUACCAUUCCCAAAGUCCGGAAGCAUACUUUGCACAUACACCGGGACUUCGUGUUGUGAUACCCCGUGGACCGAUAAAAGCAAAAGGCCUUAUCCUUGCAUGUAUUCGUGAUCCAAACCCUUGCAUUGUUUUUGAGCCAAAAACUUUAUAUCGAGCAGCCGUUGAAGAAGUUCCAACAGAGUACUAUACAUCACAGUUAGGCAAGGCUGAUAUAUUGCGACAUGGUAAAGACGUCACACUUAUUGGUUGGGGUACACAAGUCCAUGUGCUAUUAGAGGUAGCAGAAACUGCAAAAUCAAAGUUCAAUAUAGAUUGUGAAGUUAUAGACUUGGUCUCCAUUUUGCCGUGGGACACUAUUGCCAUUUGCGCUUCUGCUAAAAAAACCGGACGAGUUAUAAUUGCGCAUGAAGCUCCAUUAACACAGGGAUUUGGAUCAGAACUGGCAUCGUACAUUCAAGAAAAGUGUUUUUUGCACCUUGAAGCACCCGUUAAACGUGUGGCUGGUUGGGAUACUCCGUUUCCCCAUGUCUUCGAGCCUUUUUAUAUGCCCGAUAAGCACAGAUGUUUGUCGGCUAUAAAUGAUAUUGUUAACUUUUGAAAACUGUAAUAUGGGAAAUUAAAGGUUUGCAUUUUAUUAAUUACUUAAA